UCCAAAAAGUCCGGGGUAUCCCCAACGCCACACCUCGGAUAUUUGCCAACAGCAAUUGGGUAUCCUUUCUUAUCAAGCCCCGCCCCCUGCCUUUGCAUCCCUCCCCGAGACAACAAGUUAAGGGCAACACACUCACAAGCUCGCACGCGGGCACGCAAGUACUUCAACGUUUGUCGCCGUGGUCCGCGUUCUCCGGCGGAUUAUUUUGGGUGGACUUGCAACAAAUCUUUUUGGAAGCGGCAUGACGUUCCGGAGGCUGAAGAUGGUCGAAUCAAACGGACCGGACAGUGCGGCGGCGUCUCUUCCGGACAACGAUGUCUAUUUCCCGUCGUCCCAGUCGGACAGCUGCCAGCGGACGGCGCCUCUCAAGAACGACUCCUCGGAGGUUUAUAACUACAAGACGCUGGCUUACUCCGGAGGCACUCUGCCCAGAAACUUGAGAAAGGCUGGCGGCUCACAGAAAUGGAAGCCCCAAAUCCAGUCACCAGCAGAACCACAAAGGAAGGUGGUGGUGCUGGAGAGGAUGGACGGACAAACGUUUGGUUUUGAGAUUCAGACUUACGGCUUGCUUCAUCAGGACCAAAACACGGUGGAAAUGUGCACGUUUGUGUACAAGGUGCAUGAUGGCAGCCCGGCCCAGCUUGCAGGACUUAGAGUUGGGGAGACCAUCGCAAGUGUGAACGAGGCCCCUGUGGAGGGAUUUCGACACAAGGAGAUUGUCCAGCUCAUCAAGGCGUGUGGAAACACUCUCAGGCUGGAGACGAUUUAUAGCGACGCCAUCCGGAAAGCCGAGCUGGAGGCACGACUGCAGUAUCUGAAGCAAACGCUCCAUGAGAAGUGGGAAGAGUAUCGCUCGUUGAUGGUGCAGGAGCAGAGGCUUGUUCAUGGUAUCGUGAUGAGCGACGCCUCCGUGUACGAGUCCCUGGAGUCGGCGGGCGUGUACGGCAGCCUCGGAGCGCCCAGCCCCGCCGCUCGCCGCUCCCUGCACGGCACCGGCAGCUCCAGCAGCAGCGCCAGCGUCCUCAGCGCGGCCACCGAAGACGACCCCCUCUACCAGACGUGCUUGUAUCACGCGGACGCCGCAGGCGACUCUGACGUCAGCGGGGGCAAAAGGCACAAACAGCAGCAGCAGGCGCCGCCGCCGGCAAGGAAGCAGCGCCUGCGGCCCGCCAGCGAGCUCUUCGCAUCGGCCAAGACGCAGUUGACACGCAGCGCCAGCACUCGCAGCCACACGCGCGCGCCCUCGUCCGCGCCCGCCGCCGCUGACAAACCGCCGGGCUUCAGCUCGUUGCAGAGGAAACACAGAAGCUUCCGGAGGCACCUGCUCAAGUUCAUCCCGGGCUUGAACAGGCCGAUGGAGGAGGAGGAGAGCAAACUGUGAUCUGGCUUCCCCUCUCAAGA